CCAGUAACGAGUUGAAUGUGGCUCAAAACGCGUCGCUAACCGCUGGCUAACAACGUUUAAUGCUAAAGAAAAAAGUGAAAUCAUAUAAUAUUGAUGUAGAAUAUACAGAAAUAAAUCUGAAAAUUAAGUCCCCGGAUAUCCCCUUUAGAAAAAGUGUGAAAAUGUGGAGAAACUAACAGGAAUACUAUGAAGCAUGCUGUAAAACUUGGCCAAGAUAAACUCGUUUGCACCAAUACACAUGUGUUUAUACGUAUAAGGGCAACGCAAAAUACUCAGACUCCAGAAGCCAGCAAUUAAAAAAGAAGUUAGUCAGUUAGCGUCUGGGCCGCGUUGCUGGUGGAUGAAUCAUACUUUGGAUACCUUUAAAAAUAACAAAACAAACGCCUUCCAAGCAGGAAAGAGUUGUAACAGUGAUUCGAUCAAACUUAAAUAAAUUAAUCACACAUUAUAAAAAACCUCAAAUGUCGGUCAGGAAAUUAAGUGCCUUAUCGCUCUCCAUUGGUGGAGCUCCGUUGAUCCCAAGUUUUUCCUUGGUAGCUGCUGCAAAUGGAGAGAGUAAGGAUUGUCAUGGCUCGAUCUGUCAUCCGGUCAAUGAAUUUUGCUAUGUUGCAACGGAGAGGUGCCAUCCGUGCAUCGCGGUCUGUAAUAACGAAACCCACAACUACGACGCGUUUCUGUGCGCCAAGGAAUGUUCAGCAUACAAGACAUUUGAGCCGUUGAAAGCGGAGAUGCUGGACAUCCAAAAUACCCAGCAGUUGAUCCUCCUGCUGCUAACUAUCCUUCUCGUCCUGAUUGCGCUUCGCUGCGCGUUCCAGUUCCUUCGGUGGCUGAUAAGCAAUCGGUGCUUCCAGAAGCUGUUGCGCCGCCUCCAAUCGAAGGCAUACCCGCAUCCGGCAACUGCAAAUGGAAAGGAUCUCAAUGCUACCACCAUACAGAACCUGAAUGCCAUCAACCAUCCUGGCAGCGACCUUGAGCGAGCGCAAUCACAGAUCUAUAGUGUGGCAGGUGCCGCCGAGGGUUCCGUUGUGACUAUGACAACGCCGGUGAGCACUCGCUAUCCGGCGGAAAACAGCACCACGCCCACAACGGUUAUGACGGAGAUCGGAUAUGGAUACGAUAAUCAGGCCAUGGUCGUAACGCCAGUUUCUGAGAAACCCUCAGCAGCGACAGUUGCCGUCGCCUUCUAAGGCCAUACAAGUACUUAAAAACUCUUACUUUUAAAUCAGUCCAGCGAAAGCAAAAUGUGCACCACAUUGAAACUAGUGAUAUUUUCCUCUUAAGCAAAAAGUCUUCUUUUGAUACGUUAUUCAUAAACAUAUUUGUAGGUAGUAGGAGUAAUUUACAAACGGGAUUAAAUGUGUUUAAUUAUACAUGGAACAUGUUUAAUAAACCAAUGCGGCCUUAAAAACUUAUAUUCGAUCUGUAUGAAAUUAUUAAUUAAGGAAUUAUACAUAUGAUUUUGACUAAUGGAAUAUUCAAGAAUACGUUUUCACCUUAUUUUACUAUAUUCCCUCAAAAAAACCAUUAUACAUCACAUGAACGAAGAUUAAUUAUUAUAACUGUUAAGAAACAUAUUCAUUAUGUUAAAUUUAUUAACAUGCUACAUUUCGUAUGUGGAAAAGUUUUGUAACAUUGUAACACCACACUCCCAUCCGGCUUAAAUAAUAUCGAAUGCAAAACAAAUCGACCUAAAAAAUAUUUAAAUUUUGAAAUAAAACAAGGAAUUACGCUUAAUGGUAUUGUCAUUUAUUGUAAAAUGUAUUCCACGUUGGCAAACACAAUUCUAAGGCUAAGUUAAGUUGGCUUUUUGAGUAUAACUCUUGUUCUCGUCCUUAAUGCUAAUCGUUUGUAUAUGACACGUCAGAUAUGUAUGUGUGUUUGUUUCCAUACUAUAAUUAUUGUUUUCUUGUAUAAAAUGCUUCACUUCUUCUACCAACGAAUCUCAUAAAUCAGCCUUAAACGUAAGCUUAUACUUAAAUAAAUAACAUAGGACUAACUCCGAUCGAAUUGGA